ACUCUCCACAGGAAACUCUGAGCCAUAAUGCGAAGGCACCUCAGAGCAGACGGGUGCAUUGCUCAAACCAAGUGGGAUACGCUGCGGCUUUGAUAGUGCGUUAAUUACUCAUGUGAUGUGAUACAGAUGUCUGGGGGCUUCAGCUGAAAGUUUGCCUGACGCUUUCCAAGGGGGCCAGGCAGACAUUUUAGAAGCGUGAUACAUUGGGACCAUCUUUCUGUCAGUGAUAUCAAAGCGCUCAAUGCGUCCCAUAAUGGGCUCUCUAGCUGGACAUAUGUUUUUGCUAAUGGCCUGUAUGGCAGCCAGAGGAAUCUGCCAGAUAAACAGAGCUGAAGCGGAGCAGGACCCUCUCUCCAGCUUUCUCGUCCACUCCACCCUCCAAUCCGGUCUCUACAGCACUGUCAGUCCAAGCACGGGGCCCGGCAUCCACCAGUGGACACAAGCGGUGGUAUCUGGCUCUGGCAACGUUACUACAGUAAAGAAACCACCUAAUUGCACUGUAAAUACCUCAAUCAACGCACAUUUUAAAUACAUCAACACAAUCAUUUCCAUUAUAGUCUUUGUAGUCGGGAUAGUGGGCAACGCCACCCUGCUGAGGAUAAUAUACCAGCACAAAUGCAUGAGGAAUGGACCCAAUGCCCUCAUUGCCAGCCUGGCCCUGGGCGACCUUAUCUACAUUGUCAUUGAUAUACCCAUCAAUGUGUACAAGCUCCUGGCAUCACGCUUCCCAUUCGAUGACAGUAUUGUGGGCCUGUGCCUUUGUAAGUUUGUUCCCUUCCUGCAGAAAGCAUCUGUGGGCAUCACAGUGCUCAACCUGUGCGCCCUCAGCGUUGACAGAUACCGGGCUGUGGCAUCGUGGAGCAGAGUGCAGGGCGUGGGCAUCCCUCUGAUCACCGUCAUUGAGAUCGUGUCCAUCUGGGUGCUUUCACUCAUCCUGGCAGUGCCGGAGGCCAUCGGUUUCGACAUAAUCACCUUCGACUAUGGCAACAAAACCAUGCGCACUUGCAUGCUUAACCCCGGGAGUGCCUUCAUGAAGUUCUACAGAGAUGCAAAGGACUGGUGGCUGUUUGGCUUCUACUUUUGUGUACCACUGAUUUGUACAGCUAUCUUCUACACUCUCAUGACCUGCGAGAUGCUCAACCGCAGGAAUGGCAGCCUCCGGAUCGCUCUCAGUGAGCACCUCAAACAGAGGAGAGAGGUGGCCAAAGCUGUCUUUUCCCUCGUCCUCAUCUUUGCCCUCUGCUGGUUCCCACUGCACCUCAGCAGGAUUCUUAAGAAGAUGAUUUACAACCAGGAAGAGAAAGUGCGAUGUGAGCUGCUCAAUUUCCUGUUGAUCCUGGACUACUUUGGCAUCAACCUUGCAACAAUCAACUCCUGCAUAAAUCCCAUUAUCCUCUACUUUGUCAGCAAGAAGUUCAAAAAUUGCUUCAAGUCGUGUUUGUGCUGCUGGUGUUACUCCGACAAUCAGCUGAACAGCACCGGACCCAUGAAUGGCACCAGUAUUCAGUGUAAAAGUCCAGAGCCCAACAACUUCCACACUGACCGCGGCAUCAGAAAGUACAGCAACUGAGUUCCCGGCUGAGGAGUGUCUUUGAAGCUUUUCUGUAUCCCCAUCAAGCACUUAAAAUGUGACCAAUACUCAUAUUAUAAUACAUAAAUCAAAAAAAUGUACACAUUCAGAUAAUAAUCUACCUGAGGACUGCAGAAGCAAAACAUGAAUAUGGCGGGCAUGUAUUAGGAACUGGAAUAAAAGGGAUGAAAAUGGAUUGGGGAACUUCAAUACGCUGGUGUUUCCUGAGUCUCUCAGCAGACUAAACUUCCUCCAACAAACUCCUUCUGUUCCCACACCCACGGACAGUGACUCUGUAGCUUGUAAGAAGAAGGAGGAGGAAAGCAGGAGGAGGAGAACUUUUAAAGGGAAGCAGCUGAGCCUCACUAUAAAUUGCUCUCUAUCAGGAGCCAAGUGUGCUAUUCCUGUAAAGGGCAGCACCACUGGGAAGGAUGCUGCAGGAAGGAAAAAGCUGACUGUUCUCCGUCAGAGGGGAUGACGAGUGAUGAGUCCCCUGGAGUUUGCUACUUACUGAUAAUGAAAAACAGGAAAGCAUGCUAGUGACAGUUGUUGUACAGUGUAUUUGGCUCAUACUUAUUAUUCCCUGAGCUACUAUGUGGUAUAAACUAGAGGAUGACUUUAAAGUUUAUUCGCCUGAUGUUUAAGUUCCACUGCUUUUUUUUUUUGAGUUAUCAAGAAAGGGGUGCACUCUGGAUGUAUCUGAACAAAAUCACUGACAAAAACACAAUUUUUUUCUAGUUUCUAGUGAGCAUACUGCACAGUAGACUUCACAAAAAGUCAGAUCCUCUGUUAAAGCAGCUGACACAUCAGGAAACAUUGGGUUGCAGGUUUUAGAGCAAACAGUUAAUGUGCAACAAUGUAUUUUAACACACGUCAUACAAAUGACUAACAUGAGGUAGAUUAAAGAGUAACCACAAGUCUGACCAUUGAACAAAACAGAUUCCUAUAACACUGUGAAUUUCAACAUACAAAUACAACAGUUUUCUUGACAUCUCUGCUUUAUAACCCAAUGCAAAUAUAUACUCAUGUAAUGACCAAUUUUAUAAAGUGUUAGACUGCAGUAACAAUAUUUUUACUCAGCCUAUCUUACCUUUAUAAUGACAUAGGUAAAGAAUGUUUUGUGAGAUGAUAGACACUCCACAUUUAGAGGUGGGUUUGCAUUUUGGGAAAUGUGUAUACAGUGGUCCCUCACUAUAACGCGGUUCACCUUUUGCGACCUCGCUGUUCCACGGAUUUUUGUGUGGGCAAUUUUGCGUGCUUUUUGUUUGUUUGGUUGGUUUUUUUUACAGCACAUUGUGUUCUGCGUCCUGAUUGGCGGUAGACUAUUGUCAAUCGCUCUCGUGCUGUGUCUCCUGCACAGUACAAAAUGCGUUCAGCUUGUCAAAUUUACAUAAAUCUUCUAUCGCUAGCAGUGUGCUGCGGAUGCCUUUGGUUUCAUUCUAUAAUACUGCACUUAUUUUUCUACAAGGUUUGAAAUUUCAGAGUGUUUAAACAACAGAAAAAAGUGUAAAAAUGUUCAUGCCUGUCUGAGAAAAGUGUAUAAGUGAGGGGUUUUACAGCCUUAAAACAUCUAUAAUAAUUGUAAAAAAUAAAGUUAUCUACUUCGCGGUUUUCACUUAAACCGCGAUAAACGAGGGACCACUGUACUUGUUUUUGGCCGUCACUGUGAAGCUACGACAGGAAACAAGGGAAAACAGGGGGCCUGACUUGGUCCAAAACCAAAGGUCCACCUCCAUUUUAACACAUUUUGCCAUUUAUAUAACACAUCCAUGUAUACUUACAUGCUUCACUGGUAGAACAAGACUAACUCAAAGGGGUCACAGAAAAGAACAUUAAGCUAGCUAAUAAUACCUCUAUAUCUCCAAAACAUAUUUUGACUUCAUGUUAAAUCAUAGUAUCUGUUUUACUUUUAUAAGUGGUAUCGAAAGAAAAUAAGAGGUGUGGCUACACUGGCUUCAGAUGUUUUCAAAGCAUUUUCACUGAAGCUAAUGACUGAAAAAUAAACUGAAUCAUGUAUCAAGUUUAGCCAUGUUAGCCUGUAUGUAAUAGCUAAUUAUGUAAAGAACAUUCUUGUUCAAAUCUG